AUGUCAAAGACCUAUACAAUUGUGAUUAAGUUAGGAUCGUCUUCCCUUGUCGAUGAGAAAACCAAAGAGCCUAAACUGUCGAUCAUGUCUAUGGUGGUGGAGACUGUAGUGCGACUUCGUCGAAUGGGUCAUCGCGUAGUGGUGGUUUCCAGCGGUGGGAUUGCAGUUGGAUUGAAGACUCUUAAUCUGGAAAAAAGACCUAAACGUUUAGCUCAGGUACAAGCCAUUGCAGCUGUGGGGCAAGGCAGGCUAAUUGGGCGGUGGGAUUCGUUAUUUUCUCAGUUUAGUCAACGAAUUGCUCAAAUUCUGAUUACGAGAAAUGACAUUGUUGACUGGACACAAUAUAAAAACGCACAGAACACUAUUGAAGAGCUACUGCAAAUGGGUGUUGUACCAAUCGUGAACGAAAAUGAUACCUUAUCGGUCAGCGAAAUCAAAUUUGGUGACAAUGACACCUUGUCUGCCAUCACGGCCGCCCUUUGCGGUGCAGAUUACUUAUUUCUUCUAACAGACGUUGAUUGCUUGUAUACAGACAAUCCACGUACAAAUCCAGAUGCUAAACCAAUAUUGGUGGUUCCAGAUAUGUCGCAGAGUAUGCCUGGAGUGAAUACAAACGGCGGUUCUGGGUCAGAUGUUGGGACAGGCGGCAUGACCACCAAACUGAUUGCUGCAGAGCUUGCGACAAAUGCUGGAGUCAAUACUAUUAUCAUGAAAAGUUCGGAACCUAGCAAUAUCUCGAAGGUGGUGAGUUACGUGCAAAACCUCGAUACUCCAAGCAACUCUUGCGAUGAUUUGGCCCAGCUACAGCAAGAAGAGCUUAGAAGACUUGAGCAACUAAGCGUUCCACUUCAUACACGAUUCAUUGCAGACAAGAACCAAAUGCAUUUGAAAAAUCGCGAAUUUUGGAUGUUGCAUGGAUUGAUGAGUAAAGGAUCAGUUAUAAUAGAUCAAGGAGCAUUCAAUGCCUUGACGAGAAAGGAAAAGGCAGGUCUUUUACCUGCGGGUGUUAUAGAUGUUGAGGGUCACUUUCAUGAGCACGAAUGCGUAGAUCUCAAGUUGGGUCACCGACUCGAGUCGGGAGAAUUAGAUACAAAGAAGCCUCUGACCACAAUUGGACGUGCUCGUUGCAACUACACAAGCUUGGAAUUGCUCAAAAUUAAAGGUAUGCAAAGCGAUAAAAUUGAGAGCAUACUGGGAUACGCUGACAGUGAAUAUGUGGCGCAUCGUGAAAAUCUUGCCUUCCCCACCCGCUAA